GUUUGUUUUGAUGCGCGGAAUGCGGCGUGUUGAACAAUAACUUGCGAUUUUUCUGUGUGUGUGUGUGUGUUGUUUUCGAUAUCGUUCGUUGACGAUUUUAAUUGUGAUUUGUUUGUGGUAAUAUGUUAUGAACGGUGUUAACUUACCACACAUCUAAAAUGAUUUGUGAUGAAUCGGAAAACCAGUUAGCAAGAAAGCAACAUAUUCGCUAUUUGCUUCGCCAUCUCGAUAUUCUGCCUUCACGGUUAGCAUAUCAUGAUGCUGCUAGACUGACAAUUUUGUUUUUUGCACUCUCCGGAUUGGACGUUUUAAACGCACUAGAUGAAUUGAGUGAGGAAAAAAAGAAACACAUAAUAAACUGGAUUUACAGCCUUCAGGUCGUACCGCAAGAGACAGACGACAAAGAAAGCUGGAAGCGAUGCGGUUUUCAGGGUUCGUCUACACUAAACUUUUCGCGCGACAGCAGCGAUUGCUCAGGGCCAUACGUGUGUGGACAUUUAGCAAUGACAUAUACAGGUCUUGCAGCACUUAUUAUUCUUGGUGACAAUUUGUCUCAAGUGAAUAAGAAAGCAAUUAUUGCUGGUAUAAAGGCUUUGCAACAAGAGGAUGGUAGCUUUUGCGCAACACUUUCCGGCAGUGAAAGUGACAUGAGGUUUGUCUAUUGUGCUGCCUGCAUCUCUUACAUGCUAAAUGAUUGGUCUGGAAUGGAUGUAGAAAAAACUAUCUCAUACAUCUUAGAUAGUAUGUCAUAUGAUGGUGCAAUUGGCCAAGGGCCUGAUCUUGAAAGCCAUGGAGGAACUACAUUUUGUGCUGUUGCUGCCUUGGCUCUGAUGGGUGAGCUUGAUAGAAAAAUUAGUCCCAUUCAGCGUUCAAGAUUGAAGAAAUGGCUGCUGAUGCGUCAGGUGACAGGAUUUCAGGGACGCCCAAAUAAACCCGAUGACACGUGUUAUUCUUUCUGGGUUGGAGCUUCAUUGAAGAUACUUGGGGUUUUUAAUAUGAUCUCAUACAAGCCUAACCGAUUCUACAUACUUUCUACACAAGACAGAAUUGUUGGCGGUUUUUCGAAAUGGAUUGACACAACUUCAGAUCCAAUGCACACUUACUUAGGUCUUUGUGGCCUUAGCCUUAUGGAUGAAGAGCUGCUAUUACCUGUUGAGCCCAGACUUAAUAUCACGCAGCGGGCGUUUGCUACACUUAAGAAGAUUCAUGAAGAGUGGUAGAAUGAGCAGCAUAAAUUCUGCUUCAUUAUAUGUGUAUUAGCUGUGCUAGACACAAGGGUACCAAAGUCCAAGUGGUGUUCUUUUUGUAUGAUGAUUGGCAUACUGUAAUUUUUUCAUGAAAAGUGCUUGAAUUUUGAAUUCUAUGGUAAGUACUUUUAGUUUGUGCUCAUGGCUGAUGCCUGUUUUAAAUGAAGCAGUAGCAUUUGCAUCAUAUGUAAACACACAAUUGCCUAAUUAUCCCUGAGAUAUUAUAUAGACCAAAUUUCAUGAAUUUAUAGGCUUUUGUGUCUCGGUUUAUUACUGAAGUCACUUGGAACCCAUUUGAACUGAGUCACAUCAGUGACUUCUAUAGCAAAAGACAAAUUUCUUUGAGACAUUUUUGUACUGUGAAAAGAAAAACUGUGUUUACUUCUUUUCCAAGAGCUGCUUUUGUGUUGUUCCUAUGGUGCUAUUUUCCCCCACAGAAAAAGUAAGCAUUGAAUUUAUCAACUGUGAGUUUCAUUUUAUGGUUGAAUUACAAUCUGUGAUUCCUUUGUAAUCCUAACAGCCAUAUUAGUUUGUAUAAUGAAUGAAAAGAUUUAGUAGGCAUGUUACAAAAAUCUCUGUAUUCCAUUUAAUUGAACAAGGAUUGUAAUUGGUAUUUAAGAGACACAGGAAAUUUUGAUUGGUUUUAAGCUAUGCAGACUAUUAUCAGUACUUGUAUAACAUUAAGCUAACUAUGAUUUACAUCAGAACACUGCAUAGCUGUGUACAUAGAGCUAUUGCAGUCUCCCAUUGUAUUUUAGUAGAUACUUAUGUAGAUGAUGAAACUUGCUGAUAAACAGGCAUUUGAUUAUUCUGUGGUAUGACUUUUACAUGGGUAAUUACUUAAGCAGCAAUUUGAUCACUGUUUGGUAUUAGCAUCUGAUUAGUGUCCAUUUGUGGGAAUGAAAUAAUGUUUAUAAGCUUUAUGCAUUUUUUCCUUUUUCCUGAUUUUUUAAAGGAAGCUUUUCGUAAGCUAUGAGGACAAGAAAACUAAUUAGAUUCUGUCUGCUUCAGUUAGUCAGUAUGAUUCUCAUGAGGGUGCUGAGGAACUGAUAUAAAAGAUUUUCAUUCAUCAGAUGACACACUGUGGACCAUGAGAGCCCAAAGCACAGGCACAAAGUAUUGAGAAAAGAGAUGUUAGGAAAAUCGUAUUUAUAGACAAACCACCACUCUCUUAGGUCUGAACUGUUUUUUUAACCAAGUCUCAACUUCUGUUAUUACCUAUGAAAAAAAUAAUGUGCCCAUUUUAUGGUAUGAAGUAUUAAUUAAUAUUUAGGAUUAUUUUUAUUAUUAAUGUUAAAGCUCAAAAUUUCCUUGUGGAGGGUAGUGACAAUAGUGUUGUUUGACAAUUGUAAAGUUUGUAAUUAAUGUGAAACUAGAAUUAGGACAUUUAGAACAGAUAAUGAAUGCACCAUAUACAUAAUUAUGACCUGUUCCAACACUUCAUGUUCCUCAAUAUCAUCAUUGUCAUUAAGCACAUUCUGUGGUUUGACAUUCAAUUAAAACUGCCACUAUUCCUCCAAUUACGAAAUGCUACUGCUAUGUACAUGAUGUAGACACUAAAUUAUGUUGGAAAUGCUGGAUGACACUUGAGCACUGCAGAGUAACAAAAUAAUGCUUUGUGCUUUGGGCCUAUAUGCAGAUGAAUAUCUGAGAAAUGGGUGAGGCGUAUUUUUAUUAAUCUUCAUGUUCACAAUGUGGGUCUACUGAUAGAGAUAAAGCUGAUUCACCAUAAGAGCAAUAGAUGGCAGGAACAUGCCUACUUGCUAUAAUCUAAAAGUCAGUAACAGUGUGCUUUAGCCCCUUAUGGUUCUCAUUACUUCAGAUGUAAUGAGUUAUUGUGAUUAUGUGCAACAUUUUGUUUGGAAGUUUCAUUAGUUACUAUCCAGAUGCUAUUUCUUAUGUACAGUGUGACAGUAGGUGUUUUAAGUUUAUGCAUUCUCUUUACAAUGUAGUUGUGAGAAGUUCUGUAAA